CUAGCGGGGUGUUUGUCAUGUGACAAUUUUAUCCUGUUUGGGAAUCCCAGUGAGGAACAAAAAUGUUGUGGAAUUUUGUUAUAUGGAGUGGUGUGGUGACUUGUACCAUAGCAGGGAAGUUGUUUUUCAAGCCAAGGGAACAGUUACCAGAUUCUCUCUGCCCUGAUGGUCUAAUUACAUGCCCCAAGGACAAAGCCUGCUGUCCUACAAUCAGUGGAAAAUAUGAAUGUUGUCACAUAUCAGAGGUUGAAAGAUUGCCGGAUGUUCUGAAAAUGUCUGCAGUGUCUGAAGAUGUUGAUUCAGUGAUAUGUCCUGGCCAGACGGCAGAGUGUCCAGAUGGUAACACUUGCUGUCAACUAGCCGGAGGUCACUGGGGAUGCUGCCCACUGCUAAAUGCAGUGUGUUGUUCAGACCACACACACUGCUGUCCGAGCGGAUCCACCUGUGACACGAGUCGUGGCCUGUGUGACAAGGGAACAGAGCAGCUGCCAUGGCUGACGAAAACGCUUGCCAGAACGAUCACAAGAAUCGACCCGUCGGACCUCGUGUUGACGUCUGCUGUGGAUAGAGAGGAGAACCCACACUGCGUGGUCUGCCCUGAUGGGAGAUCUGAGUGUCCUGACGGAACCACGUGCUGUCUGAUGCCCGGAGGAAUGUAUGGAUGUUGCCCUCUACCUGACGCUGUGUGUUGUCCUGAUCGCAUACAUUGCUGUCCACACUUCACGACUUGUGACAUGCAGAAAAGCCAGUGCGACGGUAUGGGUGGUGAAAGGUUUCCCUGGCUAAUAACGUUCCCCGUCGCAGCUAUUAAAUGCGAUGCUACGAAACAGUGCCAGACCGGUCAGACGUGCUGUAAACUGGCCAGUGGUUCAUGGGGCUGCUGCCCUCUCCCUCAGGCUGUGUGUUGUUCUGAUGGAGUCCACUGCUGUCCACAUGAUACAACCUGUGAUGUCAGUCAGGGUCGAUGUAUCAAACAAGAUGGAACCUCGUAUCCAUGGCUACAGAAAUCUGCAGCAUUGUCUAGAAAAGUGGAAAAUGUAAAAUGUGAUUCACAGUAUUCUUGUCCAACUGGAGACACUUGUUGUAAACUACAGUCAGGUCAAUGGGGAUGUUGUCCACUUCCUAAUGCUGUGUGUUGUUCUGAUGGAGCCCACUGCUGUCCACAUGAUACCACCUGUGAUGUCAGUCAGGGUCGAUGUAUCAAACAAGAUGGAACCUCGUAUCCAUGGCUACAGAAAUCUGCAGCAUUGUCUAGAAAAGUGGAAGAUGUACAAUGUGAUUCCCAGUAUUCUUGUCCAACUGGAGACACUUGUUGUAAACUACAGUCAGGUCAAUGGGGAUGUUGUCCACUUCCUAAUGCUGUGUGUUGUUCUGAUGGAGUCCACUGCUGUCCACGUGAUACAACCUGUGAUGUCAGUCAGGGUCGAUGUAUCAGAAAAGAUGGAACCUCGUAUCCAUGGCUACAGAAAUCUACAGCUUUGUCUAGAAAAGUGGAAAAUGUAAAAUGUGAUUCACAGUAUUCUUGUCCAACUGGAGACACUUGUUGUAAACUACAGUCAGGUCAAUGGGGAUGUUGUCCACUUCCAAUGGCUGUGUGUUGUUCUGAUGGAGUCCACUGCUGUCCACAUGAUACAACCUGCGAUGUCAGUCAGGGUCGAUGUAUCAAACAAGAUGGAACCUCGUAUCCAUGGCUACAGAAAUCUGCAGCAUUGUCUAGAAAAGUGGAAACUGUAAAAUGUGAUUCACAGUAUUCUUGUCCAACUGGAGACACUUGUUGUAAACUAGUGUCAGGUCAAUGGGGAUGUUGUCCACUUCCUAAUGCUGUGUGUUGUUCUGAUGGAGUCCACUGCUGUCCACGUGAUACAACCUGUGAUGUCAGUCAGGGUCGAUGUAUCAGAAAAGAUGGAACCUCGUAUCCAUGGCUACAGAAAUCUGCAGCUUUGUCUAGAAAAGUGGAAAAUGUAAAAUGUGAUUCACAGUAUUCUUGUCCAACUGGAGACACUUGUUGUAAACUACAGUCAGGUCAAUGGGGAUGUUGUCCACUUCCAAUGGCUGUGUGUUGUUCUGAUGGAGUCCACUGCUGUCCACAUGAUACAACCUGUGAUGUCAGUCAGGGUCGAUGUAUCAAACAAGAUGGAACCUCGUAUCCAUGGCUACAGAAAUCUGCAGCAUUGUCUAGAAAAGUGGAAACUGUAAAAUGUGAUUCACAGUAUUCUUGUCCAACUGGAGACACUUGUUGUAAACUAGUGUCAGGUCAAUGGGGAUGUUGUCCACUUCCUAAUGCUGUGUGUUGUUCUGAUGGAGUCCACUGCUGUCCACGUGAUACAACCUGUGAUGUCAGUCAGGGUCGAUGUAUCAGAAAAGAUGGAACCUCGUAUCCAUGGCUACAGAAAUCUACAGCUUUGUCUAGAAAAGUGGAAAAUGUAAAAUGUGAUUCACAGUAUUCUUGUCCAACUGGAGACACUUGUUGUAAACUACAGUCAGGUCAAUGGGGAUGUUGUCCACUUCCAAUGGCUGUGUGUUGUUCUGAUGGAGUCCACUGCUGUCCACAUGAUACCACCUGUGAUGUCAGUCAGGGUCGAUGUAUCAAACAAGAUGGAACCUCGUAUCCAUGGCUACAGAAAUCUGCAGCAUUGUCUAGAAAAGUGGAAACUGUAAAAUGUGAUUCACAGUAUUCUUGUCCAACUGGAGACACUUGUUGUAAACUACAGUCAGGUCAAUGGGGAUGUUGUCCACUUCCUAAUGCUGUGUGUUGUUCUGAUGGAGCCCACUGCUGUCCACAUGAUACAACCUGUGAUGUCAGUCAGGGUCGAUGUAUCAAACAAGAUGGAACCUCGUAUCCAUGGCUACAGAAAUCUGCAGCAUUGUCUAGAAAAGUGGAAACUGUAAAAUGUGAUUCACAGUAUUCUUGUCCAUCUGGAGACACUUGUUGUAAACUAGUGUCAGGUCAAUGGGGAUGUUGUCCACUUCCUAAUGCUGUGUGUUGUUCUGAUGGAGUCCACUGCUGUCCACAUGAUACAACCUGUGAUGUCAGUCAUGGUCGAUGUAUCAAACAAGAUGGAACCUCGUAUCCAUGGCUACAGAAAUCUGCAGCAAUUUCUAAAAAAGUGGAAAAUGUAAAAUGUGAUUCACAGUAUUCUUGUCCAACUGGAGACACUUGUUGUAAACUACUGUCGGGUCAAUGGGGAUGUUGUCCACUUCCUAAUGCUGUGUGUUGUUCUGAUGGAGUCCACUGCUGUCCACAUGAUACAACUUGUGAUGUCAGUCAGGGUCGAUGUAUCAAACAAGAUGGAACGUCGUAUCCAUGGCUACAGAAAUCUACAGCAUUGUCUACAACAGUGGAAAAUGUAAAAUGUGAUACACAGUAUUCUUGUCCAUCUGGAGACACUUGUUGUAAACUAGUGUCGGGUCAAUGGGGAUGUUGUCCACUUCCUAAUGCUGUGUGUUGUUCUGAUGGAGUCCACUGCUGUCCACAUGAUACAACCUGUGAUGUCAGUCAGGGUCGAUGUAUCAAACAAGAUGGAACCUCGUAUCCAUGGCUACAGAAAUCUUCAGCAUUGUUUAACCAAGUUCAAGAAAUUAAGUCCACCAUACUGCAGGCAUCCAAAAAUAUUGUCUGUCCAGAUGGACGUUCAGAGUGCCCAGAUGGAUCGACAUGUUGCAAAGAGAAGUCAGGCCAAUAUGGUUGCUGUCCUCUACUUUCGGCUGUUUGCUGUUCAGAUGGUUUACACUGCUGUCCACAGGGAACGACCUGUGACGUGGCAGCUGGCACAUGUAACAGAGGAUCCACAAAACUGCCCUGGCAUGACAAACUGAUUGCUUCAACACGCGAAAAUAAGAUAAAAAACAUACGCUGCCCAGAUUCCAGACACUGUCCUGACAACUUCACCUGUUGUCCUAUUGGUUCCAAUAAAUAUGGCUGUUGUCCUCUAGCGAAAGCGACGUGUUGUGCGGAUAUGGUGCACUGUUGUCCACAAGGCCACACCUGUGAUCCAUCGACGGGACGGUGCAUAAAACCUAACAACAUCAUUCCAUUUAUACGCAGCAGGCAGUUGCCUUGAGGCUGGAGGUGACUUCUGCAUGCUUCAUCAAGUCUUUCACUGGGAGCCUCGACUGUUUGCGUUCUUGUACAGGCAGUCCGUGCUAAGAUUGUAGAUUGAAUCUGUGUGCAUUGUACACCAAUCAAAGUUCAAACUGAUCAUUAAUUGAAUGAUGAGAUUUAAAUUUAACCUCACCAGUUACUGAAUGUAUUUUAAUACAUCAAGAUUUUUUUGAUUUUUUUUGGAUGUAUUGUGAAAAUGUUGGUUAAUUUUUUUGAUAAGAUUUAUUUAUACGGUUCUAAGAGUAAAAGGACCAAUUUGGAAAUUUAUUACAUGGUGAAUUUUCAACGCCUCAUCUCUGUAAUCUAAUGAAUAAUUGAUGGCACUUAAACUUGUGUUAAUUUUUUAUGGAAUUUUGAAUAUAAUAUUUAUUUAAAAAUUAGCAAUAUCUUUGCUUCAUUUAUGUAUGUCAAAACUAAAAAAAAGAAACUUUUUAUGACACCAAAGGUUUUAUUUUUUUAAAUUAAAAAAAAAGAGACUUUUUUUUUGCUUUUUGUAAUUUGGUUUUUGGUCGUGUCAUAGUAUCACAGAAUGUGACCCUGGUACAUACGAUGGAUCUGUAUUGAUAUAAUCACCACACAGAAACCAGUAUGUCGACUUCACUGCUACCUGUAUAUGUUUAAAUAAUCUUCCUCCAAAUGGUAGCCAUUUUAAAACAAUAUAUACUUAUUCCAGGAUUUUUCUUCAGUUUGUUUCCCAACUUUAAAAUAACACCUGAAUCCACAGUAUUAAUGCUAUAAUACUUCUGCCAUUUUCUCUUCUAUUGUUACCAUCACAAAUAGUCUUCACAUUUUUCAUAAUAAUACUGAACAUAUAUAUAUAUAUAUAUAUAUAUAUAUAUAUAUUUUUUUUUUUAUCCAGUUGAAAAAAAAAAUAUAUAUCCCGACAUAUUUUCUACAACUGAAUAUUCAUCAACUGACCGUUGUAAUCCUUAUAGCCAGUUAGAUGUCAGUGUCUGUCUGACCACAAAGAGUUGGUGAGAACAGCUGACAGACACACUGAUUAGAUAAAACAGAAAACGACCUGACUGAUGAUAGUGGUAGAGUUCAUUAAUGGGAUGGGUGAGACAAGUUGUAAAUAUUUUAAAACAGUCAUCAAAGAAGAUCACAGUGCAUUCCGGAGUAAGGAUCACAACACUGGGUAGGGGGAAGGUUCUCCUACUAGGUGGGAACCUAACAAGGAUAUUGGGUAGGUGAGAAAGGGUCAAAAUGGGGGGGGGGGGGUCAUACUGGGUGGGAGUUAAAAGAAGAUACUGGGUGUGGGAAAAAGGAUAACUGGGAGACAGGAGAAACCACAUUUUAUUAUUUUACAGUUAGUCUAUAAUCAUUUUAUUUUUAUAAAGAUAAUGCAAACUUUCUAAAAUGAAUUUUACUAGUGGUCUUAGACAAAAACUGCCAUUCCCUCCCUGCACUUCCUUUGUUGAUUUUUGUAAUAAACCGUAGCAGCAUUUUAAAACCAGUUAACCGGGGAAGCUGAAGAUUGUCACCACAGUGCUAUAGUUACCCCACCCACCACCAUUUAUUAUCAUAAACUGUAUCCUUUUGUUGGGGUGGACAGGAUGUCAUUUAGUUAUCUCAAAAAUAUACUAUAAUCAAUCAAUGGUAGGUUAGCACAGAAUGAAAUAAGAUGCCGGUAGUAUUUUGGUACAAACAUAUCAUGUCAUGUGUAAAAUAUGCUAUGUCAUAAAAGUUGUAUAUAUUAGCGAGGGGUUAAUUAUUAUGUUACAGCGUCCAGUGUUUUUUGGGUUAUUUGUAUUUGAUGUUUUAUUAGUGUUUGACAAGUGAAAUGUAACAGUGUUUAGGAAGAGAAAUGUGUCCAUGCCUUAGUUUGAUAUGUCAAAGAACGAGAAAGCCAGGACUGAGGUCUAAAAAGAGAGGCUCAAAAUCAACAGGAGACAGCACUUAGCAAAUGUCGCUCAAAAUACACAACUUGAUUUUUGAUAACCAGUUUCAGAAGCAGCUUUUGCUGUCCAUCUUAUUUUGGACAGUAUUUCAGAUAUAUUUAAAAUUCUUGAUUUUCAGGAGUGAUAAUAAAAAAUGUAUUCUUUUA